GAAACAUUAGAUAUUUUGAUUAUUCUAAUCAAUCUGUAUUCAAUUACACAUUCUAAUUAGUAUUGCACUAUUAUUAAUGAUCCUUACAUAUCUACAUAGUCUCAUUAAAUAAAAAACUAGAGAAUCUGACAUUUCAUAAUAUAAGAUCUAACCUAUUAUACUUGUGGCAUAAAUCGACAAAUAUAAAAUUACAAAAAAACAAAAAACUAAAACUUCUAAAGGAAAAGUAUUUUUUCUUUCUCUUAUAAUUUUCAAGUAAAAAGAUGAAUAUUAAUGUGAUACAUGUUCUUUUUCAUUUACCUUAGACAGCCAAGAAUAAUGA